GUGCACAGUACAACCACAGCAAAACCACCUAUAACGCCUCCUCUGAACCCAUGUCCCACCGUCGAGGUACAACCUGUCACAGCUGAACCACAAGAAUAUAACGUUUCCAAUUCCAGUACAAUCCAGUGCUCGGAUGUUUUUACUGCCCAAGAUGGCUUCAACAUCAUAUUCAAUGUGAGCGUCUCUAUCGGAGGAACUGAUGCCGUUCUCAGGAUCAUUAAUGCCCGCACUGGAUCCACUAUAUCGAGCUUUGCCAAUACGACCGAAGCAGUGGUUUAUACGAAUGUCACGCAGGCGCAAAUCUUCUAUUCAGCAAAUUGGUUGUCGUCUAUUGAAUUCGACAUUAGCUAUUACUCCGUUAACGGAAGUAAUCCAUGCGAUAAGCCUGGCAUCUGUGGCAGAGGUACUUGUGCUGUGAACCCAAACACUGGCGGCGAACUGUGCCUUUGUCCAGCAUGCGAUACCGGGGACCACUGCGAGACAGAAACAGAUCCUUGCUUGACGGCUACUGCAAAGCGGAAAUGUCGAGUAGAUCAGACCACAGCUCCAGGUAAUUGCAGUAUAGAUGACUCGAUAACAGAUUACUGCGCCUACAAAUGCAACUGUACAUAUCCCGUGGAUGGAGUGACAAAUCAGUGCGCA